UCCACUCCACUAUUGAGAAAGAAAAAGAGCGGAACAGGAGGAGGAGGAAGGCUGGCUUGCUGGCUGACAGUCUUUCUGCGGGUUUUCCAGCGUUUGGCUGCUAAGUAAUUUGUAAGUUAUCGAAGUAGCAAAGUAACGUGUACUUAAAGUAACUAAGUAGGUCAAACAAGUGAAAAUGUCUGCGCGCGAAGACCUGUUAAAGUCCAUUUGGCACGCCUUCACAGCCCUGGACGUGGACCACAGCGGCAAGGUGUCCAAAUCUCAACUGAAGGUUUUGUCACACAACUUGUGUACUGUCAUGAAGAUCCCACAUGACCCAGUAGCUCUGGAAGAACACUUUAAAGACGAUGAUGAAGGUCCAGUCUCCAACCAAGGAUACAUGCCCUACCUCAACAAGUUCAUCCUGGACAAGGUGACGGACAACUUUGACCUCCAGGACUUCAACAGAAUGUGCUGGACCUUGUGCUGCAGGAAGAACCUGGAUCAGAACCAGCUGCUCAUCUCCAAUGAUGACGCCUUCAGAAUCUGGUGCAUCUUCAACUUCCUGUCCGAGGACCACUACCCUCUGGUCAUUGUCACGGAGGAGAUUGAGUAUUUCCUGCGUAAGCUGACGGAGGCGAUGGGGGGCAGCUGGGUGGAGGAGCGCUUCGAGGACUAUAAGUUGCAGCUGAUCUCCAAGCAGCAGCAGAGUCUGAGCGCCUGGCAGCUCAUCAUGCUGGUGGGCUCGGGACACUUCAGCAAAGGAAUGGACCGCCAGAGCCUGUCCAUGGGCAUCCAGGAGCUCUACCAGGAGCUCAUCCUGGACGUGCUCAAGCAGGGCUACAUGAUGAAGAAAGGCCACAAGAGGAAGAACUGGACAGAACGCUGGUUCAUGUUGAAACCCACCUCCAUCUCCUACUACGUCAGCGAGGACCAGGCUGAGAAGAAAGGAGACAUCGUGUUGGACCAGCACUGCAGCGUGGAGCCUCUACCAGACAAAGAGGGUAAGAAGUGCCUCUUCUUCAUCAGAUCCUCACAGAAGGGUUUUGAGAUCAGCGCGUCGGACAAGAAGAAGAAACAGGAGUGGAUGCAGGCCAUCCAGACGUGCGUCAACCUACUGCGAGCGGGCCGCCCGGCGCCGCAUCGCGAGGCCCGACAGAAAAGACGAGAGCUGCGCUUGAAGCAGCAGGCCGACCAGAAGGAGCUGGAGAUGAGGAUGAGGGAGUUGCAGACGGCUAACGAGGCCAAGCAGCAUGAGCUGGAGGACAUGAGAAAGGCUCUGGAGGAAACAGCAGCAAAUGCGGCGGAGGAAGAGCGACGGCGAUUGCAGACCCAGGCAGAACUUCAGGACCGUUACAGGCUGGACCUGGAGAGAGAGAAAAUGGUGAGGCAGCAGAUGGAGGAGCAGGUGGCCCAGAAGUCCACAGAGCUGGAGCAGUACCUGCAGCGGGUCCAGGAGAUGGAGGACAUGUACCGGCGGCUGGAGGACGCUCUGGAGGAUGAGCGACGCGCCCGGCAGGAUGAGGAGACGGUCCGCAAGCUGCAGGCGCGCUUACUGGAGGAGGAGGCUGCCAAAAGAGCAGAGCUGGAGCAGAUUCACCUCCGCCAGCAGCGAACCAUCUCGGAGACGGAGGCUGAGAAGCAGGAGCUGGAAAAGGAACGCGUCGCCAAGGAGAGCGCCCUGCAGGGCGCUAUGGAGCAGCUGAAGCAGCUGGAACACGAGAGGCAGGGGGCGCUGGAGCAAUACCAGACGGUGAUGAAGAAGCUAGAAGAUGCCACCAACAACACAAAAACAUGGAAGCACAAAGUAGCAGAACACGAGGGCUUCUUGCGCCUCAUCCAGCCAGGUUCCAAGGGGCAGCAGCUGAUCACAAACUGGGGCCCGGCUGCUUUUUCCGAUGCCGAGCUGAGCCUGCGAGAAAAGAAAUGGCAGGAGAUGAAGAACCAGGUGACGCAGGCCCAGUAGCACACUUGGAACCCUACAACAUGGCGAGAUGGGAGGUUGGGGCGUUCUCUUUGAACGCUACGUUAGAAACGCUAACGCCGUGAACACUUUAGAUACUGCUGUUGAGUUCAUGGUUCUCACUGACUAACCUGCCCGCGUGAUGACGAUAUAACCAAAAUACUGUAUGAUAAACCACCCUCAGUACGAUUAAGUACUGUUCUACGCAAGCACAAUGAAUAAUAUAAUAAGCAUAUUGUUACAUUCGUAGCUCUCAAAAGUCAACAUUACUGUGUUUGUACAGGUGGGCGCACCUAAUGAAGUGUAAAGUUUUAUGAAUGAAUAUUCUAUUGUAAAUAUGUUGUCUUUUUGAUGUGCUGUCUGACACUGAGAUAACGGUAGCAGUGUGUAUAUGUGUUGUGUGCGCGCGUGUGUGUGUGUGUGUUCUCAAAACAUUACACACCAAAAUGCUAACUGUUUAACACUGCUGUAUUUGGACAUGCAGCACGUGUGACUGUUGUUUUUAUAU